AUGGUCAAAAUUUUUGCACUGUUGCUACUUUUACUCCAACUACCAUUUUUCACUUCAUUUGCUGAAGAGUUUGAAACAGCUCUUUACGAACUUGAUGGUUUUAAAUUUAAGCCUGCCCCUGUUAAACCUAUUGUCCCUGUUAAGCCUGCUCCUGUAAACCCUCCAGUCAUUGUUAAGCCUCCUGUCCCUGUUACGCCUCCAACACCAGUUAAGCCUUCUGUCCCUCUUACACCCCCUGCCCCAAUUUCUCCUCCUACCCCUGUUACCCCUCCUGCCCCUGUAACGCCUCCUACACCUAUUACGCCUCCUUCCCCUAUUACGCCUCCUACCACUGUUACACCUCCUACCCCUAUUAUGCCUCCUUCCCCUGUUACGCCUACGCUAGCACCUGUUAAGCCUGCUCCUGUUAAGCCUAGCCCUUUUACGCCUAAUCCAAUUUCUAUUGAUGUCCCUGUUGUUAUGCCUGUCCUUGUUGAUCAUGUCCCUAUUACACCCACCCUUGUUACGCCUCCUGCCCCUGUUACGCUUCCCCUAAUUGAGCCUAUUGUCCCUAUUAAUGUUGCUCCUGUUGAGUCUCCUGUUGUUUCUACAUACCCUCCAUUGGAUGCCCCUUCUCCAUCUUACUCACCAUUGCCAUCACACCCCUUGUCUAGAAGACUGAUGAAUUUUCACUAUUAG